GCAUUUAGCACAUACCUGAGGUUACAUACAUUUCCAAUCGCACGUGUGAGAAACGGCCCCCAAUUAACGAUUCAUACUUGCAGAUGUAACAUGGUGUUUUGGGCUACUUAAGGCUUCUAGGCCAGUCCAUGGUGCGACGCGGUGUCUUAUACGAGUCUUGUACGAUAUAGAAGUUUAUAUAAGCUAGCUGAGGCCCUGUUCUUCAUUUCAACUCCGUAAGCUUCUCCAUUUAGUUUCUCUGUUUAGUUCCUCGAAUCCGAUGGAGAACGUCCCACAAAGUGGGAGUGGAAAUAACGAAGUCUACUAUCUCGGUAACCAACCCGAAUAUUAUUACUCUUCCGGUUACAAUACCUACACGGGUUAUACGGGAUACACGGGUCAACCCGAUGGCCCUUUCGAAUAUCAACCAGUCCAUGGGGAUCUAGGUCAGGCGCAAGCGCAGGCGCAGACGCCGGAACCGUCACCAUCGCCGUACUACGCCCAAGACAAGUCCGGGUCUAGCUUCCCGACUAUUAGCAGUAAAUCGCUUCCUCCUCAAGCGCCCUCCUUACAUCCUACACAGUUCGAAUAUUCCGGCGCCGAGGAACCUUUUCUAUUAACACCAUCUAAAUCAAAACCCCAAAUCAUUUCGACACGCGGACACAACUGGAACUUGGAGAUAGGGGCGCUAGUUGUUAGCUUCAGCGCAUUAGCAGCCUUGAUUGCGCUGUUGAUAUACGUGAAUGGUCGCCCGCUAUCUGAUUGGAAAGGCUCCAUCUCGGUCAACGUCGUAAUCUCCGGCUUGGGGGCUGUUUCUCGAACAUCUCUAGGAUUUGCCAUCAGUUCGUGUCUUGGCCAGGCUAAAUGGAACUGGUUCAAAAAGCGACCAGACAACCUCAUCGCCUUUGAUAGGUUUGACGAUGCUAGUCGGGGGCCAUGGGGAAGCUUGUGGCUUAUUAUUUGGCUUCGAAUCCGUCAUUGGGUAGCUAUCGGUGCAGUCGUUACAAUAUUAUUAAUGGCUUUCGAACCAUUCCUACAAGCGGUUAUUUCAUUCCCAGGGCAAGGUGACCCGAGCGUCGAUUCUUCUAUGAUCCAACUCAGCCGCAGCGAGGCACUUGACAUAGGCUCGUACACCGGCGACCCUUCGACUGGAGUUGGAGAACUAGAACUAACACCUUCCGACUUGACUAUAUCUCUUGACCCCUUUGAGACCUUACCAGACCUAGGGAUGCUAUCCUCGUUCAAUAACGGGUUUUAUAAUUCUUCAAACCGCGAUAAGCAAACUACUUCAUUUACCUGUCCUACUGCGAAUUGCACCUGGCCGGUAUUCACCUCGUUGGCAGUUUGUAGCUCAUGUAGCAACGUAACGGACCACCUGCAACGCUUUUAUGAAUACGGAAUAAACAAAGGAACUCUAUCCUCAAAUACCAAAGCUAUAACCGCAAACUUCACUAUAAACUCUUUACCCAGUCUCAACCUUUCAAAUCCGUCCGACAUUGACCUAGCCGAGGGCAAAACUCUCUUCUCCCUGGUUGCCUUCAUGUCUGCAACAAGGAUUACAGACCCGAAGCUUACCCUCGCAUACCAAAAUUUAACGACAAUGAUCACUGCGGUAGAGGUUCUAAGAGCCGCGCCGGAGUAUGAAGCAGGAAAGCUGACAUGGGACGAGACUCCAGUUUCGGCAACCGAGUGUGCUUUAUAUUUCUGCACUAAUGCGUAUGAGUCUACCGUCGAGAAAGGUGUCCUUACGGAAAACAUUGUGGCAUCUUGGGCCGAACGAGACUUUGAUUCCUAUCAUGACCUCAAGGACGUUAGGAAUUUUGAUGCCUACGAGAAGUGGAAUAACUAUUCGCUCUAUUCUCAAUAUGGAGAUGUCAACCGAAGUAAUCUCGAAUUAUUCAUACCCGACGGAGACAUCGAGAAGUAUAAACUACCCGAAAAUGUUACUCGACGUUUCAACUUGACGGAAAACACUGUUGGCAGCACAGUUCGCUUUGUCAAUGAGGAUCUCUUGAACAAAGUUAUGACCUGGCCAGUAGGACUAAAUACCGAACCAAUCCCAGUUGCACAGGCUCUAUACCAAAGCCAAGAUCUAUCGGCUACCUUUGACCAGGCUGCCUGGACCGUGUCGAAUUGGAUGCGCGACAUCUCUGAUGUAAAAACUCCGGGCGUUGGGCGGGAGUGGAUCAUCCACAUCCGUGUUAAUUGGUAUUAUAUGAUCCUUCCCUUGAUCACUAUAGCCCUCGGCUUCCUUUUCUGCGUAUGGACUAUUAUAGAGACGCAUAGACUACAUCUAGAUCCUUGGAAGACAAAUAUGAUCGCCACGCUUACGCACUCCGUCGAUGUCCAAACACGAGCGCAGCUUAGGGAUGCUGAUAAAGAAGGAUACUUGAAGAAGUCAGUUAGGGCUAUGACUGUAAAAUUUGAAGAUGUAGGAUCCGGGCUAGAAUUGCGGGCGAAACAAGCUUGAGUACUUACGAUAUACCCCAUGAGUAAAUUGAUAUUUAAAUUGUGUAUCUACAUAAGUAUUGCGCGACAUAUUUCUUUCAUAUUAAUAUCCAUAGCAGCGCGUUAUAUCAUGAUUAUUAAUGAAUAAUCAGAGGAUAAACAUCAAUAUCAG